CUCUCUCUCUCUCUCCCUCUCUCUCUCUCUCUCUUUCUCUGUGUGUGUGUGAGUGUGUGUGUGUCUCUCUCUUUCUCUUCCCCCCUCCCCUCCCUUUCCAAGCUCUCUAACAUUUAAGCGAAAAUGCUUCUUUCUGUGCCUCCUCGUGCAGGAAUUGCCACUUUUGGCUACAACAAGAGCAACAAGAAGCCUUAUGUCUCAGUGGCCCAGCAGAUGGCGCCCCCAAGCCCCAGUGGCAGCUGCAACAACAAUAGUAGCAGCAGCAGCAGCAGCGGGCCAGGUGGUGGCGGAGGUGGCGGGGACCAGCUGAGCAAAACAAACUUGUACAUCCGGGGCCUGCAUCCUGGUACCACUGAUCAGGAUCUCGUCAAGCUCUGCCAACCAUACGGCAAAAUUGUCUCCACCAAGGCCAUCCUGGAUAAAACAACCAAUAAAUGCAAAGGAUAUGGCUUUGUGGAUUUUGACAGCCCCACAGCAGCUCAGAAAGCUGUGACUGCACUCAAGGCCAGUGGGGUCCAAGCCCAGAUGGCCAAGCAACAGGAGCAGGAUCCUACCAACCUCUACCUGUCAAACUUGCCUUUGGGCAUGGAUGAGGCUGAAUUGGAGUCGAUGCUGAAACCAUUCGGACAAGUCAUCUCUACACGUAUCCUACGUGAUGCCAGCGGUACCAGCCGAGGAGUUGGCUUUGCCAGGAUGGAGUCUACAGAAAAGUGUGAAGCCAUCAUCACCCACUUCAAUGGCAAAUAUAUCAAGACACCUCCUGGGGUCCCAGCUCCUCCAGACCCACUACUUUGCAAGUUUGCUGAUGGUGGCCAGAAGAAGCGCCAGAAUCAGGGCAAAUAUGUGCAAAAUGGACGAGCCUGGCCGAGGGAAAGUGAUACGGGUGGGAUGACCUUGACUUAUGAUCCUACAACAGCGUUACAAAACGGGUUCUAUACAACGCCCUACAGCCUGGCCCCGAAUAGGAUGAUUGCCCAGACUGCGCUCUCCCCUUAUCUCCCAUCACCUGUUUCCUCUUACCAGGUCCACAGUCCAUCUUGGAUGCACCAUCAGUCAUACCUCAUGCAGCCCACGCAGGGGACGGUGCUCACACCUGCCAUGGACCACGCCAUUUCCAUCCAGCCCACUUCCAUGAUGGGGCCUCUCACCCAACAGCUGGGCCAUCUGUCCCUCAGCAGUGCUGGCACAUAUAUGCCAGCGGCAGCAGCUAUGCAAGGAGCCUAUAUCCCCCAGUAUACACCGGUGCCUUCCUCUAGUGUCGCAGUUGAGGAGAACAGUGGCCAGCAGAGCCACGUGACAGUGGAGUCUCCAUCGGAUCAUGCUGCCUACUCGUAUCAGUACAACAAGUAACAACAGUGCCACCGAGCAGCUCAACUCUGAGCAAAUCACUUCGAGGGAGACAACGUGGUGUUUUUUUUUUUUUUUGGUUAAAAUUUUGUGCUGCGUUUAGAAGAUGUCGGAACCAUUUUUGUUUCUUUUUUUCUUCUUUUUCUUUUUGGCAAAGAAAAAGGUUGUUUUGUUUUUUUAAAAAAAGGAAAUAACCGCAAUAGACUUUCGUCACCGAGGAACCAAAGGAGGUUAGAAUGGGGGUACAAAAAAAAAUAAUAAUAAUACCCCCAACCCUUAGAUGUACAGAUGGACUAAGGACUAUUUUAAUACGAGAACAUUUGUGCGUGUAUGUUUGCGCGUGUGUGUGCGUGUGUGUGCGUGCGUGUUUAUUUUCUUGAUAACAGCAAAGUCAAACGCUUUGGAUGCCCCAGAAUUCCCCAGAGAAGAAAAUGAAUUUUUUCCCCCUUCUUUUGGAAAGCUGGUUCGGUACCUCUGUGGGAGGAAGGUUUUUUUGCUCCUUUGAAUUCAUUUUGUUUUCUUUGGUCAUGUAAAAGAUUUUUUAAAGGACAAAUAUGCAAAAGUGUUUGAAUAUUUUUUUUUGUUGUUGUUUUAUAAGGAAAAAAAAAUGCUCUGAAAAGCCCCACCUCGCAGCUGUAGGAUAAAAAAAUCAGUGCGGAAUUCUUCUUUUUUUUUUUCUCUUCUUCUUCUUCCUUGGGGUGGGAGCGGGGAGGGAAUUUUGCUUUGAAAGGAUUAUUUUAUUAUUUCAAGAGGGUAUUUUUUUUCUAAAAAAGACAAAUUUACAAAAAAAUAAAAAAGAGGAAAUUUACAAAAAAAAAAUUCAGAAAAAAGGAAAUCUUUAAAAAAAAGUUGAACUUUGGCGGCAGCAAGAGGGGUUUUGCUUAAUGCUUGUCAAGUUGGAAUGAAAUGAUGUGGCUGGAGGCAUCGGAUGAACUUAAUCCUGAUUUUUUUUUUUUUUUGGCAUAAAUUUUGCCUCAGCUGAGAGAGAGAGGAAAACAGAGUUUGCGCCAGACCUCAAUUUCUGCCCUCUGUCCAAUUGGACUGUUUUUUGCUGGAUGUUUUGGACUCUGAUUUGAGCUUCUGUGCAGACCUGUCUUUGCUUCCAUGGGGAGGCUUCCCCCCCUCGCCUGCCCCGUCCUGCCCUGGACCAGGGGAACAAUAAACGGACUAAGGAAUCUGCCGCCAGUGAUGCGUCGUCACCUCUGGACUCUCGGACGUUGAAUGGACACGUUGCCAGCAGCAGUGCUUCGCCCCGUCCCCAUCCCCAGGAUACACAAACACACACACUCUUACACGCACACAUACACACACACACACACACACACACACACACAGUGCCUUCUGCUGCCUGCGGUCCGGACUGUGCUGCCGUAAGCCCCCACCCCCCUUCCGCCCCCCCAGUUCCUGCAUGCCUGCCAAGCCCAGGUCCACAGCGCAUCCGUUUUCUCUCGACCAACUCAGCUGGGAACAGGUGCUUCUCCUUCCGACUGGUGGGGACUGCAGGAAGCCCGUCCCGAUUGCCGUGAACCAAGCAACCAAGGAGCAUCGAGCACCUUGCAGGGGAUGUCCCAGCUCCCCGCUCUCCCCCCCCCCACCUCCCCUCCGGAGACCCUAGUUACUAUGCACGUUAUCCCUCCCUCCCCCAGCCCUUGAUUGCUGGCUGCGCCCUGAGAUUUGCAAUAGGAGGAGACUAUGUGCAAUAAUUCAGCCUUUCCUACCUUGUGUUUCCCUGCAGAGCCUCCUGAAGUGCUUUAGACACCUCUGCAUGUUCCCUUCCCUUCUCCCCCCAACCAGAUGGUGCUAAAAGUCAUCCUCUCUUCCACCAUAAAGUCACCCCCAGCCCAGCCCAGCCCAGCCCAGCUGGCCCAUGUAGCUGAUCCUUCCAUCCUGUUGUUCUGAUGACGACGUUUGCUUUCCCCACCGUGGGCUGUGAUCACCUUAUCCCCCUUUCCUCUCCUCCCCCCCCAUCCUCCCUGCUGGCCCCUUCCUUUGAAGAAAUGGCUCUUAUGCAGCUGACAAUCAGGAAGGAGCAAUGGCGGAGGCCAUACGGGUGUCACGUGAGUCUAGGAAAGCAAGAGUACGUGUGCAUGUGGUCCCUAUCUGUCUUGGUUUGUGUGCGUACCAUCCAUGUCUUUUGAGGGAGCGGAGACAGAUCUGUGGGUAGGGUGAUGUUGGAGGAGGUGGCAGAAAUAUAUCGAGUGUAAUUGGAUUUGUGCAUCGCUCAGGAUCCUUUUGUCAUCUUGACCAUUUUGAAAGCAUGGUCCUGACCCAGCAAGAGCAGGUUGACUUCCUGUUGGAGAUUUGGGGGGGGGGGGGGUUUGAGUUCGCCCUAUCCUCAUAAUCCUUCAGCCAGACUAGUUUAGAUACCUUUCCGCAUUGCUCGUGACGCGGGACGACCCACAAACACGAUCGGGAUGCCACCCAGAAUAGAGAGACAAGACCGACAAUGCAGGAGCCCAGUGGAUCCAAAGCCUGGUUACGUCUGGUGCCCCUUUCUGUAGCCUGGCCAGACCCUCCUGGUUGGCCUAACCACCACCCCUCCCCCUAGUGCUGAGAGAAACUGAAGUGCCUUUUUUGGGGCAUGCAAGCUUGCCUUCAUCUUUAUGUUAUGUGAUCUUCAAUGGGCCGUUAUCCGUGGCCAAAUGGAGUUUUGCAGGGUUGGGUCCCAAAUGGGUUGGGGUGGCUAGUUAGAGAAACAAUAAAAAAAAAAUACAAUAACUGAGAUUCUGGUUCCAAUUAACUCAGACUAUUUUGGGGGGGGGGGCAACACAGUCUCUGCAGGACUAGUAAAGGAACUUCCCAGCUAGGUUGGGGGUUGAUACCCACCCGCCCUUCCCUCUCAUUAUUUGCCUGUGGAGCUCACAGGCCAAACUACAGGGACACACCGAAACCCCUCUCGUCUGCACCCAGAGUAAAUACAAGCUAUAAAAGGAUUCUACUUGAGAAAUUGGUUCCAGGUUUGCUCCAAAUAUGGGCUGCAACCUCAGACUACAUCGGGGUACACCUGGUCCUUAACAGGCCACUCUCCUGCCUCCCUCUCCCCAGUUUUUGUUUUUUUUGAGCAGCUCUUAGAAAGGUUAUACCUUCGAUACCCUGAGUUUUCUCUUUAAUCCCCUAGGACCCUUUCUUAUGCAUUCCAGGUAGGUUAAAGCGCAGCUCCACAUCUGGAAGACACCAAGUUGAGGAAAGGUGUCCUAUGAAAUUUUCUUGCGAGUGGGUGAGAUCUGUUAGAAAGGCAUACACUCCCUUUCUUGUUUUGACAGGAUUUGUGCUGCCAAAUUUCUUGCUAGGUUAGGAUUCAUAGCUGCUUGUCCAAAUCCGCUACAAAAGCUUGCUAAAACAAUUAACAGUGGGUGGUUAGUGAAACCCAUGUUUUUAAAAAAGAUUUAAAAAGGUGGCGGGAUGUUGUCCACAGGGACUCCUGAUCCUUAAAUUUGAUUCCUACAAAUUGAUGUGUUUACAAUUAAGAUUCUUCUGGCUUGUGUUAAGAGACUUAACUUCAAUCACCUCCAAGCACUCCUUCCCCCUACCUAUUUUAGAUUGGAGUGGGAAAUAUGCUAGAUAUUUAGGCAUUUGAUGAUGGCAACUAAGGAUCCGAUAGGUUUAUACAACUCCUAGAUUAAAAUUUAGUCUGUGCUUGUAGGGCCUCUAGAGUGAGGCCAUUUUUAAAUGUAGCAGUAAUCAAAGAAGUAAAAUUAAAAACUCCCUUUUGCUAGACUCUAACUCGGAAACCUGUUAGAAAAUAAAUACCAAGGAUUAGGCUUAAAGGUUAUGUUGCCUUUAGUGUAAACCUGAAGCAGGUAAUGAAAACAUGAGUUAGCUUUCCAGCCCUGUCGUAGCUUAGGCAUUCAGGUGUAAUCACUAAAAUCAGGGUCACCGUUUUCUUAAACAGUAGGAACAGCAUUGAAAUUAAUGAAAUUAUCAUUAAAAUAAUUGAUUAAUUUAAUAAAGUAAAUAAAAUUAGCAAGUCCUGAUAUCAGGACUCUAAAACAGAUAAAUGCCAAACCUUUGACUUGGUUUGGCACUGUCUUCAAGCUAUAAAACAGAGCAGCAAACUAUGGGGAUUUGAACCCAAGCUAAUUUGGGAGAUCAAAGCAGUUAUCGUUAACUAGCUACCAAGUUUAUUUUACCGCUUAUAUGAAAUGAGGAGUAUCCUAGCUUCCUAAAUUUUAUCUCUUCUCUCCAGCACUCAGUUAAAAAAAAAGCAGCAAAGAAAUCCAGGAUACAACUGUGUAAAAUUUAGUUAUGCUUAAGAGAGCGGUCCUUAUCAAGAAGGAAAUCCCCAUAAAUUCAGGAAAUUAACUUUUGAGUAAAUGUGCACAUUCCUGUGUUUUGUAGCCGUAGUGAAACCUCAAACACCCAUGUGGCCAGUGAGUGGGGAAAUGUCCAGGGUGAAUGGGGGAUGUGGAUUUGUAGACCCACCCCCAAUAUUUCUGUCCCAUCUCUAGUGCAAUGCUAAUCUGACCCUCAUUGAACUGCUGGGAUGCCUAUCCGUGCACCGAAAUGUAUGUCUACAUCGAAAGCCCCCAGCGGCUCUGUAAAAACCAAGUGCCAGAUCAAGAGCUGCUUUGGAAACAGAGUUCCUUCUUUCAGUGUACCUGCCUGCCCAGAUUGCUUUUCUGAGCUGUGCAUUUGGUUUUGGGCUGCCAUUAGAUACCUAGCAUAUGCUAAGCAAGCUCCCACCCACAAAGAACAUGAAGCUUUCCUCUGCGUUGGCUGUCGUUUUGACAGCAUUUGUCCCAGUCCGGGGCAAUAUGAUCUGCUUAUUUAAGAAAAAAAAAAAUCACACAGCCCUCUCUACCUUAUGAUGAUGCUGAUUGGAUCCAUAAAUGUUUGUGGCAAAGAGUUAAAUACAUGUUUGCCAGCAAGGAGGCAACCCACUUGUGGUCCAGUCUAGAUGUAUCCCGCUCACAUAAUCUUGAACCCAUAAGACAGGAUCACAGCACAGCCACUUGUCCAAACCGCAGUGUUCAUUUCCAAAUGAAGACAAAAGGCCUCAAGACUCCCUGCCUUAAUAAUAAUAAUAAUAAUAAUAAUAAUAAUAAUAAUAAUAAUGUUGUUGUUGUUGUUGUUGUUAUUAUUAUUAUUAUUAUUAUUAUCCUCCUUUUUCCCCGCUCGUCUCUGAAAGCUGGUUCUUCUGAAGUGUUGAUGGGUCUUCCGCUUUUAGAACCAGAGAUUGGGGCUGGCUCACUGAUAAGUCAUCUUGGAUGUGGAAUAGGAGGUAGCAUUUGGCAGAACCAACAUCCAGGCUAUUAGACGGGGGAAAUUAUAGGGAGCGGUGUUUCAAACGCAGUUCUGCUAGGCAGCCUUCGAGGAUGGAAAAGAAGGGUGCUGGACUACGAAUAGAAGCAGACUCGGCGUGGUCUACCAAAUGCGACUCCCUAGGAAUCUUAAGUGAUCACACAGCGUAUUAGACUUGAAUCUACAGUAGAAUUGCCACCCAGGAAUCGCCAUCCAAAGGCAUUGAGACUGUUGUGACAAUGGUAAAAGAGAGGUUGAGACAGAGUAGCAGUGGGCGGUGUGUGGUGUGCAUGCCAAGGCAGAGAUUGCCAAGUGUUUAGAAAAGGCGACAGCUGUAGAUCAAAAAUGUAUUGGAGGAAGUCCACUAUGUGUAAGACUGAAGGAGAUCAAAGCUAGAGAUGGAUGGAUGUGAGAGUGAAUGUAAACUGAUAGAAGAGAAAUAACACGUGCAGACAGGGAUACAAUCUUUUCCACGCAUUUUGCCCUUGCCAAGAUUCCUUUUAAGCCUCAGCUCUAUUCUCAUUCCUCUUCCUGGAUCACUGCCUCACAACCCUCUCAGCCAAGGUAGACAUUAGGUUUGUGCAACACUCUGGAUCUGGAUCCAAGAAGGUCCUUUGGAAUGCAAGAGUGCAGAGACAUAGCAUGUCUCUCUGCGACUCUUUAAAGCGGCUGGGUUUUUAAUUUAGGAACUCAUGGCAGCUGAAGAGGGCGAGUGUGUUACCCCAGGUAAAGAUGCAGGGAGUUAAAAGAAUUGCGGACAGGUGCUAUUUGCACACUCGAGAUGCUCCUGUGCAAUCUUACUUAGACAUGUGCUUCGGGGCAGUAACUUUUCAUUAUUUUAAGUUUAUUCCAUCGUAUCCAUUCGGAACAGAAGCAUAGUGGGUGAUGAAAAAAAAAUGCUAGGUUCUUUUUUCAUUCUCAGUAGGCUGCAGAGGGCACUUUGAAUGGCCUCCUUCCUGCUUCCAGCCCCAUCUCACGGUGUCCGCUGAAAGCUUACGGGAAGGCUCCAGCUUCCUGGCAGACUGCAAGUCAAGUCCACAGUUAUAACCCACCUGCGGGAUGGGAAGAUCACUGUUACGAUGCUUUACCAUAUAUAACCAUCCCUUGCUUAAACCAUCAUCUGGAAGCCUGCAUGCUUUGUGCAGGGACCAAACACAAGCAGCUGGGACCUUUAGAGCCCACACCUCUGAGCUGCUGGUUUUUUUUUUUUAUCUUGUGCCUUGAUUUCCCCUGUCCCAUUCUGACAGCGGGGGGAACCAGUCCCUGCACUUUAUAAAUGCCCAGCCCUAGUUCAGCCUUUCUCCGUGUCAGUUUUCAAAAAGCAAGGAUGCUGUAGUCUUGUCCUUCCUUUCUACCUGGCUGCUGCUCCUUAUUCCAGCUCCCCCCCCCCAAACCAGCCUUCACCCCAUCUUUCCACCCACCACACCGGAGGAGAAUGCAGCAGGCUGCCUCCAAGAGCUAGUAGACAAGCCUCUCACAUCUUGCGUCCAUUUCCAAUGCGGAUAGUUUAGAAAGCAAGCACCAUCACCCUUGAAUUCUUUAGCUGUACCAUGCUGGCAUUGAACCCUACACUCCUUGGAAGUUGGGGGUGUGUGGGGGUGGGGUGGGGUGGGGGUGGAGAGAGAGAGGAGACCCGGUUCAGAACUUCCCUUCAUUUUUAUGCUCAUCAAUUCCAGUUUUCAUCAUUCUUAGCUACACAUCUACCUCACAUGCACUCGCAGUUCAUUUGUAUACCCAGAACCGGCAAACUGCACCUUCUCCAAGGGAUACGUUCCCCACCUCAUCCUUAAAAAGAGAAAACCCUUUAGGCUCCUCUGCUUUCGGGAAGGGGGAGAGAGAAGAAAAAUGUUGGUUUGAAUGGAAAAAAAAAAGACCCCUGUGUUGCUGCUAAUUAAUACAGUUUAUGUUCAAUGUACUCGUUUUUGCUUUGCUUUUCUAAUUUUCCUUGUAAAAUGUAUUAGUUUAUUUAAAAAAAAUGAAGCAGAAAUGGUUUUGUCUAGAGAAGCAUUUUUUUGUGGCUCUGUUGUGAGAACCCAACUGGGCGAUAGGUUGACAAGACCACCAAGUGGCUUCCCUCUUUCUCCCUCUUUUUUUGCCCCAACCGUCUCUUGAGCUCCUGGCUCUCCUGGGGCUUCACUGCUCGUACCGGAGGAGAUCAAGGGAGAUUCCAGAAUGACAGCGGCCCCAUUGGAGUUUUUGUUUUAUAACAAGAGAACGGUGGUUAAUGUUUUCUUGCAAAAGCAAGACAUUACCCAAUUUGGGAAGUAUCAAAGCAUAGAAGAGGCUGCUGUCUUCCUAAGAGUUUCACUGUAGCCGAGAGUACACUAUUCCCAAGGGUUUGGUUUCAACAACAGAAAGCGAAUGAUUGCCCUAAGAUACACCACACUUUCUAAACCACCAACACCUGUUUCUCCUGUAAAAAAACCACCAGGAGGUAGAAAAACCAGCCAGGCCCUGUUAACAAAAUUAGCGGACAGACUUACUUUUGAGCAAGGUCUUUCAUCAUCUGUAAAAAUUGUAUAACGGGACGUAUGAAUAGUAUGGCUUUGGGGAUAAUAAGAAGGUGGGGGGGAAGGUAAGGAUAUAUUUAGUGCUACUAUACUGUUAAAACUUUUCCAAAGAUUAAACUCUGGUUCAUUGUAAAGAUGUUAUGUGGAUCCUUGGUUUGGCCCAGGAUGGCUGAUCUAGAGCCCACCCAACAAAAAACAGAAAGAAAGAAAAAAGGAUGAUACAAACUUGUUCCCAGUAAGAGCUGUAUAAUGGUAGCCCAUGUAACCUGGGAAGCUCUGUCCCCAAGAAACAGUCAGCUCUUCACCCGCUCCCCCACCCCAAAGCAAGCAUGCAAGACAGCACACUCGGAGAGGAGGGGCUUCAGCCAUUCCAAAUCGACUUGUAGUUAACCAGAAGUUGUUAACCCGGCCAAUUAUAUUCCAGGACUCUCGGUGCUAUGAUUUCCUGCUUCCAUUUUUGCUGCACACUUGGGUCUUCUAGAGACCGGCCCCCAACAGAACAGUGAGCAGCUGUCUCUGGGAUGGGCCAAAGGUAGGGCAGAAGAGGCGGUGUUGUUGUUUUUUCUCUUUCCUUUCUUUCUUCCAAACUUACCAUGUGGUGAUGAUUUGAAACUGUUGUAAUUUAAAAAAGAAAAGUAAUGACAUCAGAACAGCCCCCCCCCUUCCCCACUUUUUGACUAUUGCUGUGGAAUAAAUGUGUAUGGUUGCGGACUAUUUCGUGUUCUUCCAUAGUCUUCCCAUCCCCUAGCAGGAAGGGCCUGUGCGGAUGAGUUUAAACUAGGAUCUCUUGAUUCAAUGCAACAAGGUUCGACCUAACUUGUCUUGAACAAAUCUCCAGCUUGUCUGCACUUUCCUCUGGAGCAAUAUGCCCUUAACCUGGGGGUUGUGAUGGUUGCACUGAUGCCUUGCCCUAUAGCAAAUUGCCCUUAAAACAAAUAGCAAUAGGCAUCCACACCCUACGCAACGUCCUUCUCAUGCUGGAUCAUGGCUAUAACAAAGCUACAGGCUAUAUUUCAUGUGCUUCAGUGUAUUUGUGUUUUUUCAUGACUUGGGAACAAGUUAGCUAAAUGUUUGCUUUAAGAAGAAAAAAACAUGUCAUGGAUGUAAAAAUGUAUUUUGUUAAAACACAUUUGGCAGUCAACCCAACUGAGGAUGGAACCUCGUUUGCCUUUAUCCCAUUUCUUACUCAAGACCUUCUGAACUCCCAUUUUGAAGGUACUGGAAUUCUUAAAGGCUUCCAUUUGCCACAAACCCGAGGAAAGUUCCUGCCCAUCUCUCCAUUCAUUGUACUGACUAGUUUUAUUUAUAUACUUAGGGACUAUUUGUACAGGUUUUUUUAAUUGAGAAGUUUCUAUUGUUUUGUAUCCUCCAUGCUACAUACCGCCAGGCCUGUUUCUCUCUCUCUCUCUCUCUCUCUCUCUCUCUCUCUCUUUCUCAACCCUGUACAAUUGCCCCCUCUGUGGAGCUCUGACUGGUCUCAUUUUGAACAAAUUUUUGUUUUGAAAUAAAAGAUGGAAAAAAAAGUG